UGAACUAGCCUCUAACUAUCACCACGACGAUAACUCUUUUAUCAUGUCCACUCUUUUGAAACCUACUAUAUCCGACGCCUUUUGGUUCGAAGACGGAAACAUCGUGCUUAUCGCUGCCAACGUCGCUUUCAAAGUCCAUCGAGGCCAGCUUUCACGCCAUUCAGAAGUCUUUGAGGACAUGUUCCAAUUACCUCAACCGCCUGCAGGAGCCGACCUCAUGUACGAUGGUACUCCUUUUGUCAAUCUUCACGACUCGGCCCAGGAUUUUGCUUAUUUCCUCGGCGCCCUCUAUGACGGACUAUACUUUGUGGAAACCUCCGCUUCAGACUUUGCCUGCAUUUCUGCCGUGCUUCGCUUGUCAACAAAAUAUCUUUUCGAGCAUUUACGCGUGCAAUGUAUGGCACGGUUGACCCAGGACUGGCCUACGACCCUUGCUGGAUGGGACCGCCGAGAACAGCAAGCUACUGACGAAAACGAGCGAUAUCUACCUCGCGAGCGUAUCUGUCACCCCAUCCACAUAAUCAGCCUCUCCAUCGAGCUCGGACUCACCGAAUUUCUACCUUCUGCAUUCUACGAUCUCUGUCGCUACGGCCCGAGCAAGAUUGUUGCCGGUUGUCCUUCUCUAUAUGAUACUUCCUCUGUGGUAACCCUUUCAACUGACCUUCUCCGGCGCAUUCUCCGCGGACGCGAAACAGGACAGCAGUUUACGGCACGUUUCAUCUUGGAAGAGAUACAAGGUAGUACGCCUUCCAAUGAUUGCUCAAACCCGGACCUAUGCGCCCGGGCAUUCUAUUACAUCACACUCAAUUCGCUGAGGGCAGUAUCGGGGAUUACUUAUGGACGUGAGGCCGAUCCGCUUUUCACACUCACUCAGGCCAUGUGUAUGCCGGAGCGGAACGACUUUUCAGACGGCCUGAAACAGUGUGAGCUGCGAAUGUGCGGGACCUGUAAGGCGGAAUUCAUCGAUAUUUGCACAAAGGCGAGGGUGCAGGUAUGGGAUUUGCUGGGGACUUGGUUCGGUUCGGGGGGAUGCUUGUAAUGCUUCCGUCAUGAUUCUAAUGACACCUGUUUUCGAGCCUAUCAGAG